AUGCGCGGCCGCGAGCUCCCUCUCGUCCUGCUGGCGCUGGUCCUCUGCCAGGCGCCCCGGGGGCCGGCCGCCCCGGUGCCCGCGGGCGCAGGGACCGUGCUGGACAAGAUGUACCCCCGCGGCAACCACUGGGCGGUGGGGCACUUAAUGGGGAAAAAGAGCACAGGAGAGUCCCCAUAUGUUUAUGAGGGAAGGAGCCUGCUGCAGCAGCUGCAAGAAUACAUGCGGUGGGAAGAAGCUGCAAGGAAUUUGCUAAGCCUCCUAGAAGCAAAGGGGACCAGAAGCCAUCAGUCAUCUCCCCCAUCUGCUUGGGAUUACCAGGAUGACAGCAACUUUAAAAUCCUAGGUUCAAAACCUAAAGUUGGUGGACUCUCUGCUCCAGGUUCUCAACGAGAGGGAAGGAACCCCCAGCUGAACUAA